UAGAGGAGGAGCGACGGCGGCGGAAGCGGCGGCGGGCACAGUGAUGAGCUGUGAGCCGAGAGCUGGAAGAUGAAGUUUAAGAAGUUCAUCACUAUUAUGCAGGCAGCCAUGGGCAUCGUGCCCCUCAACAAACGGGAGCUUCUGCCGCCCGGCAGGAAGCUGUGGAGACCGCCAGGAGACCAGCCAAGCUCUGACCAGACCAGCACAGACCUUCUUAAGUCCGGACGAAAGUUCUGCUGGUCCAGGGAAGCCCAGUACCUGUACCUUCGGCGCCUCUCUUCACGCAGCUACUCGGCGAUCAUGAUGAACCCGGUCAUGGAGGAGACCGUGUGGGAGCAGUACACAGUGACCCUGCAUAGGGAUCCAAAAAUGGGCUUCGGCAUCGCGGUGUCGGGAGGACGGGACAACCCCAACGAGGACAGCGGCGAGACGUCCAUCGUGGUGUCGGACGUGCUGCAGGGCGGACCCGGCGACGGCCUGCUGUUCGAGAACGACAGAGUCAUCCAGGUGAACGCCAUCCCCAUGGAGGGCGCGCUGCACUCCUUCGCGGUGAACACGCUCAGGAAGUGUGGCAAAGUGGCGAAGAUCACGGUGAAGAGGCCCCGGAAGGUUCCGGUCAACCUGAUGAACCGCCCCCCCUCCCCCGACGACAGAGUCUUCAACAACGACUACAACGACGACUACAACUACGACCAGGACCGCCGCAGCGUGUACAGCGGGCGGAGCGGCGGGGGGCGGGACCCCAGCCUGGAGCGGGAGCGCGGCGGCGGCUACAUGGAUUCCGGCUACCACACGCGGGAGCGCGACUACGACAGGGACUACGACCGGCAGGACCGCGGCCGCAGCGUGGAGCGGGACCUGAGCCCCGACCGGCAGUACAGGAGGGACGGCAGCAGGGGGCGCACCCUGGACCGCGAGCGCAGCCCCGACCGCCGCUACAAGAGCGACCACGGGCUGAACCGCGACCACAGCCUGGACAGGAGGCACCGCGACCACAGCCCCGACCGCCGCUACCGCAGCGAGCGCGCCCUGGACCGGGACUACAGCCCGGAGAGGCGCUACCGCGGCGACCGGCCGCCGGAGCGCAACCACAGCCCCGACCUGCGCUACGGGCGCGGCAGCCCGGGGCGGGGCCCGGCGCCGCGGGACCACAGCUUCGAGCGCGGCCGCGAGCGCGUCCACAGCGACCCCCGCAGGCACGACGAGCCCGUGAAGCGCAGCGGCAGCAGGGACCGGCUGGACCGCUCGCCGUCGCCCGCCCCGCCGCCCAUCCCGCUGCCCCGCCCCGCCCGGGACCUGGAGCCGCUGGAGAAGCCCGUCAACGUCCUGCUGCUGAAGAACCGGCCCAACGAAGAGUACGGCCUGCGUCUGGGCAGCCAGCUGUUCAUUAAGGAGAUGACCAGCACCGGUCUGGCCUUCAGAGACGGCAACCUGCAGGAGGGAGACAUCAUCCUGAAGAUCAACGGCACGGUGACGGAGAACCUGUCCCUGAGCGACGCCGGGAAGCUGAUCGAGAAGUCCCGGGGGAAGCUGCAGCUGGUGGUGCAGAGAGACAAGCGCCAGGUGCUGAUCCGAGUCCCGCCCAUGGUCGACAGCGACUCGGAGCUUGAUGAUAUCUCAGAGAUCGAGUCGUACCGCUCCUACUCUCCACAGGACGAGCGGCGUGGGCACCACUCCGACCUCUCGUCCCACUCCUCCAACGAGAGACUGCGGGACAAACCCAGAGAGGAUCCGCCGAACAGGCUGGCGAAAAUGGGAGCCAUGCCGACGCCGUUCAGGGGCGCAGACCGAGGCGUGGAGGACACGCCCCCUCUGCAGGCGGAGAGGGAGGAGCCGCGGUCCGAGACGCCGCCAGCACCGGCAGUCACUUCGGCCCCGAAGCCCCACCUUCCUCCCAAAGUCCCCCUGAAGCCGAACCCGGACGACCAGGAGGUUUACGGGCCCAACACGGUGAUGGUGCGCUUCCAGAAGGGCGACAGCGUGGGUCUGAGGCUGGCGGGAGGGAACGACGUGGGCAUCUUCAUCGCCGGCGUCCAGGAGGACAGCGCGGCCGAGCAGGAGGGGCUGCGCACGGGAGAUCAGAUUGUGAAGGUGAAUAACAUGGACUUCAGAGGGAUGGUGCGUGAGGACGCUGUCCUCUACCUCCUGGAGAUCCCCAAAGGAGAAGACGUAACCAUUCUGGCACAGAGCAAGCCUGAAGUGUAUGAGGACAUCUUGGAGUCGGGCAGAGGCGACUCCUUCUUCAUCAGAACCCACUUCGAGUAUGAGAAGGAGGCUCCGCAGAGCCUGCCCUUCUCCAGAGGGGAGAUCUUCAAGGUGACGGACACGCUGUACGACGGCAAGCUGGGCAACUGGCUGGCCAUCCGCAUGGACAAGGAGAACCAGCUGCUGGAGAAAGGCAUCAUCCCCGCCAAGAGCAGGGCCGAGCAGAUGGCCAACGCCCAGAACGCCGCCCGGGCCGCGUCCGGCAACGACCGGGGAGACUUCUGGAGGCUGCGGGGUCAGAGGGCAGCCAAGAAGAAGGACCUGCGCAAGAGCCGGGAGGACCUGAGCGCCACGCCGGUCUCCACGCGCUUCCCCGCCUACGAGCGAGUGGUGUUGCGGGAAGCCGGCUUCAGGAGACCCGUCGUCGUAUUUGGUCCCAUUUCCGACGCCGUCAACGACAAACUGGCCAACGACCUUCCCAACGAGUUCGUCGUCGCGAAAACGGAGCCCAAAGACGCAGGAAGCGAGAAGUCGUCAGGAGUGGUGCGGCUGAACACCAUCCGGCAGAUCAUCGAGCAGGACCGCCACGCUCUGCUGGACGUGACGCCCAAAGCCGUGGACACCCUGAACUACACCCAGUGGUAUCCCAUCGUCCUCUUCCUCAACCCGGACAGCAAGCAGGGCGUGAAGACCAUGAGGAACCGGCUGCUGCCCGGCUCCAACCGCAGCGCCCGCAAGCUGUACGAGCAGGCCGUCAAGCUGAGGAAGACCUGCUCGCACCUCUUCACCGCGUCCAUCGACCUGAACUCUGCCAACGACGGCUGGUACGGCAGCGUGAAGGACUCCAUCCGGGAGCAGCAGGACCGCGCCGUGUGGGUGUGUGAGGGCAAGCUGGACGGAUCGGAGGAGGACCUGGAUCUCCAUGAUGACCGCAUGUCCUACCUGUCGGCCAUGAGCGCCGACUACCUGAGCAUGGACAGCCGGCUGACCAGCGACUACGAGGACACGGCGGACGAGGGCGGGGCUUACACCGACAACGAGCUGGACGAGGUGCUGGACGAGCCGCACCCCGUGUCGGCCAUCAGCCGCUCGUCGGAGCCGGUGCUGCCGGACGAGAAGCUCCACCCUGAACCGCGGACUCGCAUGAGGAGGGCAGGUAGCAGAGAGGUGCUGCAUAGAGAUCCCAGCCCCCCCCCUUCGUUUGUCCCCGAACCCCCCAAGGUGCGCGCUCAGACCCGGACCGACUCCACGCGGAGCUACGAGUCCCACUCCAGCAGCACCAUCAGCAGCGACGCGGUGGGCGGGGCCAAGCCGCCGCCCCCGCCCGUGGCCCUGAAGCCCACCAUCGGCCGCCUGCACCAGUCGUCCGGGGAGCAGAGCCCGGGGAAGGAGGACGAGGAGGACCCGGCCAGCAAGUCCUUCCUGGGAAAGAAAAUGGGUGAUCAGAUCCAGGCGUUUGAGAAGAUGGACCAUCUGGCCCGAGCGCAGAGGCUGCUGGAGCUGCAGGAGGCGGAGAACGCUCGACUUGAAAUCGCCCAGAAGCAUCCGGACAUCUACGCCGUCCCCAUCAAGCUGCCAAAGCCCAACCUCAACCGGCCGCAGCCAAUCGGCUCCAGCUCCCACCCCGAGCCGCAGACGUCCUCCCGGCCGUCCUACUCUGAGGACGACGAUGCCGAGUACCGCCGGCAGCUGGCCGACCAGAGCAAGAGAGGCUACUACAACCCGCAGAAGUACAAAGACACGGAGCUGUAGGCCCGCCGGGGAGGAGAGAGGGGGGGACAGCAACCUGUUGCCAUGGCAACAGCUUUUGUAGCUUCACAGCAAAAAAAGAACUCUGAACUUUCAUUUGUAGUCCGAGUCCUGCAGAAAUUUCUUCUUCUUCUUCUUUUUUUUUUUUUUUUAAAUGUUGUACAGAAGAGCUUCAUCAUGAAAAGAUUCAGUCUGAUUCCCUCGACGUGCGUCUCCUUCGUUUAAGUCAAGCAACCUUUCUUUUUUGUUUUUUUUUUUUUUGAGACACUGAAACAAAAACAUGAGCUGGACGUUGUUGGUGUUUGUGGAUUUUCUCCUCGGUUCUUUCUCGCUGUCAGAGCUUUAAAGGAGCAGUAUGCAGCGUUCAGCUCCUCUUUGCCCACCAGGUGGCAGUGAUCGGCUCCAUUUUCUUUCAAAUUUGAGAAAUAAUUAAAAAUCGUGGACUGACAUUCAGAAGAUAUUUAAGAUGCGAUCGUUAGCUAACCGUCCACACGGCUCAUUGCGUUGUAGUACAUGUUGAGGCCACCAGGUGGUGCAGUGAGUGUUUAAUCAGCUGUAAAAAGCAGCAGAGGAGUUAAAGAAGCUGCAGUCAGUUGGGAAUUUUCCAUACUUCACCUUUAAGUGGAGCUGUGACGUGAGAGGGAGGAACUGUUUACCGUGUUACCUUGUUUUUUGUUUUUUUCUCGUCGUUCCAGCCGUGACUCUUCUGAAGUGCCUUUGAGCUCCUCUUCCAGCCUCAGAUCUCACACCGGGAGCAGAUUCCUCUUUUUUUUUUUAAAUGUUCACUGUAUCGUCGCCGUCACCUCGACCCGGAGCCAACAUUUGAAAUGGAAACGUGUUACUUUAGCAGUUUAUUUUCAGCAGCUGCUCACAAAUGGAGACAAUCGUUUUUAUGGUUUUUAUACUGAAUAUUCACCAGCUGGCAGUGUGGUGACAAUCAUGUCCGUGUAUCUUCUAAAUCCCUGCUAGUCUGUGAUUUUUUUUUCUUCUUUUUUUUUUAGUUUUGUGAUCUAUUGAGUGUUGCACCACAGACUUCUGGGAAAUUCUAAUAAAUGAAUUUUUUAUUAAA